AUGGCUGCUUUAGUGCCCGCGACAGCCCUCCGUGCACCCGGCGCGGCGGUGCACUAUGGUUCCUCCUCCACGACUUUCGCAGGAGGCGUGUCGUCGUCGCGACUCCUUCCCGCGGCGUCACCAGCCGUUGCCAGCCGAAUGCCCGUUGCGAUCCGUGCUGUCGCAGUGCCUCCUGCUCCCAGCAAGCAGAACACUCCCGCUUCUACCGGCGCGGUGAAGUCGCCCAUGACGAUGACGGAGAAGAUCCUGGCGCGCGCGGCGGAGAGGGCGCGCGUGGCGCCGGGCGAGAACGUGUGGGUGAACACGGACGUGCUCAUGACGCACGACGUGUGCGGCCCCGGCACCAUCGGCAUCUUCAAGAAGGAGUUCGGCGCCGACGCCAAGGUGUGGGACCGCGAGAAGAUCGUGAUCAUUCCCGACCAUUACAUCUUCACGGCGGACGAGCGCGCGAACCGCAACGUGGACAUCCUCAGGGACUUCGUGCAGGAGCAAGGCAUCAAGUACUUCUAUGACAUCACCGACCGCUCCAACUUCCAGGCCAACCCCGACUACAAGGGCGUGUGCCACGUGGCGCUCGCGCAGGAGGGGCACUGCCGACCAGGCGAGGUGCUGUUUGGCACGGACUCGCACACGUGCAACGCGGGGGCGUUUGGGCAGUUCGCCACGGGCAUUGGCAACACGGACGCGGGCUUCAUCCUCGGCACCGGCAAGUGCCUGCUCAAGGUGCCCGCCACCCUGCGGUUUGUGUUGGACGGGGAGAUGCCGCCGUACCUGCUCUCCAAGGACCUCAUCCUGCAGAUCAUUGGUGAGAUAGGAGUGGCAGGGGGCACGUACCGGGCCAUGGAGUUCACAGGCACUGCUGUCGAGGCCAUGACUAUGGAGGAUCGCAUGACGCUGUGCAACAUGGUCAUUGAGGGCGGAGGCAAGAACGGAGUGGUGGCGGCAGACAAGACCACCUUCGCCUAUCUUGAUGGCAAGACCCAGUUGACUCACGAGCCCGUCUACAGCGAUGGCAACGCCAGCUUCUAUGAGGAGUAUCGGUUCGACGUCUCAAAGCUCGACCCCGUGGUUGCUAAGCCGCACUCGCCUGACAACCGUGCAACGGCGUUGGAGUGUCGCGACAAGAAGGUGGACCGCUCGUACAUCGGCUCGUGCACGGGCGGCAAGACCGAGGACUUCAUGGCUGCUGCCAAGCUCUUCCACGCUGCGGGCAAGAAGGUGGUCGUGCCGACCUUCCUGGUGCCUGCUACUCAGAAGGUGUGGAUGGACAUCUACACGCUGCCGGUGCCGGGGGCGGACGGCAAGACCAUGGCGCAGAUCUUUGAGGAGGCAGGCUGCGACACGCCUGCUGCCCCCUCCUGUGCUGCAUGCCUGGGCGGGCCCAGAGAUACCUAUGCCCGCAUGAACGAGCCUCAGGUGUGUGUCUCCACUACCAACCGCAACUUCCCGGGCCGCAUGGGUCACAAGGAGGCUCAGAUAUACCUGGCAUCGCCGUACACUGCCGCGGCGUCAGCCCUCACUGGUCACAUCACUGAUCCUCGGGAUAACAAGUGGCACUUAUCCAUACUGUCAGAUGGGGUGCAUGCGACGCAAGGUGCAGAGGGCAUCACCAUCAUCCACGAGAUGGCGGCUGUGGGUCCACAUUCGGGUCAAACGAAUCAACGGAUAGCUGCUCCUUCAGCAUACGGAAACCAGACUCGGAUCCAACCAGGUGCUCUCGUGCAGCCAUCUCAGUUAGGCCAAGUGCAGGCGCCUGGUCAACCACUGCUUCCUCCGCCGCAAGUUCAAGGCUUUGGCGCUCCGAAUCAAGCAAGCCAGCCUAGCCAACCAAGCCAAACCAGCCAAUCCAGUGAUCAAGAUUGGAAGUCACAGCUAAAGCUACCUCCAUCUGAUACAAGGUUCAAAACUGAGGAUGUCACGGCGACGAAAGGGAAUGAGUUCGAGGACUACUUCUUGAAGAGGGAGCUUCUGAUGGGGAUCUACGAGAGAGGGUUUGAGAGGCCAUCCCCUAUUCAGGAGGAGAGUAUACCGAUUGCUUUGACGGGAAGAGACAUCCUUGCUCGUGCCAAGAAUGGAACUGGCAAGACUGCUGCCUUCAGUAUUCCGGCUCUAGAGAAGAUCGAUCCCUCGAGGAACGUCAUUCAAGUUCUUAUCCUGGUCCCUACAAGAGAGCUUGCGCUGCAGACUUCGCAAGUUUGCAAAGAGCUUGCGAAGCACAUGAACAUUCAGAUCAUGGCGACGACGGGUGGCACGAGUCUCAAGGACGACAUCAUGCGUCUCUAUCAACCAGUGCAUCUCCUCGUCGCUACGCCCGGCCGGGUACUAGAUUUGGCGAACAAGGGCGUGUGCAACCUUAGAGAAUGCAACAUGCUGUGCAUGGAUGAGGCCGACAAGCUUCUCUCUCCAGAGUUUCAGCCUCUUGUGGAGCGCCUUAUUGGCUAUCUCGCUCCAACGCGACAGAUCCUCUUGUAUUCAGCCACGUUCCCUGUGACUGUGAAAGCGUUUAAAGACAGAUGGCUUAACAAGCCUUAUGUCAUUAACCUCAUGGACGAGUUGACCCUCAAGGGUAUCACUCAAUACUAUGCCUUCGUGGAGGAGCGGCAAAAGGUCCAUUGCCUCAACACCUUGUUCUCUAAGCUGCAAAUCAAUCAGUCGAUCAUCUUCUGCAAUUCGGUCAACCGCGUGGAGCUCUUGGCCAAGAAGAUCACGGAGCUUGGCUACUCGUGCUUCUACAUCCACGCAAAAAUGCUGCAGUCCCAUCGCAAUCGCGUCUUUCAUGAUUUCCGCAAUGGGGCCUGCAGGAACUUGGUCUCGUCGGAUCUUUUCACGCGAGGAAUUGACAUCCAGGCAGUGAAUGUCGUCAUCAAUUUCGACUUCCCGAAGACGUCUGAGACCUAUCUUCACAGGGUCGGACGAUCUGGAAGAUUCGGUCAUCUUGGCUUGGCGAUCAAUCUUAUCACAUACAAUGACCGCUUCAAUCUCUACCGGAUCGAGCAAGAGCUUGGAACGGAAAUAAAGCCCAUUCCUCCACAGAUCGAUAGGGCGAUCUACUGCUCUUAG